AUGGAUACUGUUAGCAACUGCUGGAACAGGAACAUUGAGGGUAAUCCCAUGUGGUGUUUUCAUCAGAAAAUGAAGAGAUUAUCUAAUACUCUUAGUAGGUGGUCCAGGAUGCAGUUUAGGAACAUCUAUGCUAAGGUGAAAGAGUAUGAAGCCAAGGUUAGACAAGCUGAGGAGGAUCUGAUUCUUCUUAACUCUGAGGAAUGUAGAGCCAAUCUUCAUGCCAUCAAUGGUAACUGGUUGCAAGGGGAUGAUGACAUAGCCAGGGCUGCUUGUGAUCAUUUCCAGAACAUUUUCACUGGUGAAGACACUCAUAUUCAGGAGGAUGCCCUUCAAUGUAUUCCUAAGCUUGUCACAGAUGAUCAAAACAGGGACCUCCAAGCUCUCCCCACCUUGGAGGAACUGAGGACUGUGGUCUUCUCUAUGAACCCCAACUCAGCAGCUGGCCCUGAUGGAAUGAAUGGUAAGUUUUUUCAGGAGUGCUGGGAGAUCAUCAAAGAAGAUCUAUUCAGAGUGGUCCUUUCUUUCUUUAAUGGUCAAACAUUGCCUAAGUACUAUACUCAUACCUGUUUGGUUUUACUCCCAAAAGUAAGCCAUCCAACCAAGCUCUCAGAAUUCAGGCCUAUUAGCCUUAGCAACUUUACCAAUAAGAUUAUUUCCAAGCUUUUAUGCCUCAGACUAGCACCUACUCUUCCUACUCUUAUUUCCCCUAACCAAUCUGGUUUUGUUAAAAAUAGGAGUAUCUCUGAGAACAUCAUGCUAGCUCAAGAAAUCAUUCACCAAAUUAAGAAGCCUAAUGUAGGUGGUAAUGUGGUCAUUAAGCUGGACAUGGCCAAGGCCUAUGAUAGAGUCUCUUGGUCCUAUAUCUGUUUGGUCUUGAGGAAAAUGGGCUUUGGAGAAGGGUUCAUUGAUAUGGUAUGGAGAAUUAUGUCUCACAAUUGGUAUUCCAUCAUUAUCAAUGGCUCAAGACAUGGUUUUUUUCACUCCACAAGAGGUCUGAAGCAAGGGGACCCUCUUUCUCCCUCUCUGUUCAUCCUUAGGGCUGAAGUUUUAUCUAGACUCCUGAACAAUCUCCAUCAUCAUCCUAAUUAUCAGGGUUUCUUCAUGGCAAAGAGGGGGCCUCAAAUUAAUCAUCUCAGCUUUGCAGAUGAUGUUAUCAUCUUUUCUUCUGGGAGAGCCCAAACUUUGCAACUCAUUAUGGAAACCUUGCACACUUAUGAGAGUACCUCUGGUCAGCUGAUCAACAGAGACAAGAGCCAGUUCAUGGUCCCUUCUAAUGCCUUCAAUUCUACUGUAAGAAGAAUUAAGAAGGUCACUGGCUUCAGGCAAAAGGAUAGCCCUAUCACUUAUCUGGGGUGGCCUCAUUACAUUGGCAGACAAAAGCUCAUAUAUUACUCUGAUUUGAUUGCCAAGGUGGUGAAUAGAAUAACAGGGUGGCAGGCUAAGAUCCUCAACUAUGGAGGCAGAGUCACUUUGGUUAAACAUGUCAUCCAAGCACUCCCCAUCCACCUGCUGUCAGCUAGCUCUCCUCCUGUAACCAUUCUCAAACAGAUUCAGAGUAUCACUGCAAACUUCUUCUGGGGGUGGAAGAAUGACAAGAGGAAGUACCACUGGUCUUCCUGGAAAAACCUUAGCUACCCCUAUAAUGAAGGUGGUAUUGGUGUUAGACAAAUCUCUGAUGUGGCCAAGUCUUUCCAAUAUAAACAGUGGUGGACUUUUAGAACUAAGAACUCACUAUGGGGAGAUUUUACCAAAGCAAAGUACUGCCAAAGAUCCAAUCCCAUCACCAAGAAAUGGCACACUGGACAAUCUUUGAUAUGGAAGCAUCUUAUGAAGAACAAGCACAAAGUUGAGCCUCACAUCCAAUGGCAAAUACAGUCUGGCUCUUGCCUCUUUUGGUGGGACAACUGGUUGGGAGUGGGUCCUUUAGCCCAAUUCAACAACAAUAGCUGCAGGCUUAACAACACCACUGUUUCAGCCUUCAUGGAUAAUGGACAAUGGAACACUGAUCUUCUCAUCCAGCAGGCCCCUCCACAGAUGGUGUCUAAUAUUCUUGCUACUCACAUCAAUUACCAACCCCUCCAGCAGGACCAACCAUGUUGGACACUAAACAACAAUGGGGAGUUUAACUGUUCUUCUGCUUGGAAUAUCAUCAGAGACAAGAGACCCAAAACCAGGAUUAACUCCAAUACCUGGCAUCAAUUCAUACCUUUCAAAUGUUCCUUUCUUGUUUGGAGAGCCCUUAGGGGAAAGUUACCAACCAAUGAGAAAAUAACCAGCUUUGGACACUCUCCUUCACAAUGCUUUUGCUGCUACAGACCUGGACAAGACACUAUAGACCAUAUCCUUGUUGCAGGAGCAUUUUCCAGGAGUACUUGGAGUAUGUUUGCUGACUCUGUGGGCAUAAGCAAGGAGUACACACCUCUCAGAAAUUUGUUAAUGAGAUGGUGGACCUCUAAAUGCAGGAAUGAGGCUCACAAGCUCAUGAUACAAGCACUCCCUAUCUUCAUAUGCUGGAACCUCUGGAAGAAUAGAUGUGCUUCAAAAUAUGGAGGAAAGCAUUCUAACCUUGCAAGAGUAAAGUUCUCUGUCUUUAAAGACACUUCCCACUUGCUGCACAGUGCUUUUCCUUAUAUCAACUGGCCCAACAACUGGAGGGACCUGGUUCUCUUGGUUGAGCAAUGCUACCAUGAUAUCAAGGUCUUCCCUGUAUGCUGGUCCAAACCAACUGACCAUUUGGUGAAGCUGAACACUGAUGGCAGUGCUCUCACCAAUCCUGACAACAUUGGAGGAGGAGGAAUCCUUAGGAAUGCAUCUUGUGAUCUCAUGUUUGCUUAUGCAAUCCCCUUAGGAUCUGGAACUAACAAUCAAGCAGAGAUCAAAGCUGCUAUCUUUGGUCUCUCUUGGUGCCUUCAUCUUGGCUACAAUCAAGUCAUACUGGAGGUUGAUUCCCAAUUACUUCUCAAAUGGUUGCAACAGGAAGCAAAGCCUCCAUGGUCCAUCAAAGAGCUGCUGGACAAGCUCAAUAACAUCAUAAACCAAUUCCAGGAAUUCAGCUGCAACCACACCUUCAGGGAAGCCAAUUCCACAGCUGAUAGCUUGUCCAAACAUAGCCACAAAUGCUCUAUUCCUGAGCUCUACUUCAACAAGCAGGAUCUUCCCAAAGAGGCCAGAGCCCUCAUGGAGCUAGACAUGCUGGGAAUGGUAAGGAAUAGAGCAUUAUUUCUUCUUUCUUUUCCUAUCUCUGUUGUAUGUGCAGGUACAUACAAACCUACAACUCAUCAGUCCACCAGUGGAGAAACAAAUUUAGGUGCCCCAUGGUGCAGCAAUAGCAGGAUGCAACAAACUACAAAUGGAAGUUUGCCAAAUCCAAUUGAUGCAACCCCUCUUUGGAUGGCUGUUAAAGGAUGCAAGAACACAGGAUCAUGCAUAAGGAGUCCUUUGUACUCCAAGAAGUUUAACCACUUCAAAACAAGCAACAAGGAGCUGCACACAAACUUGCACCAACCUUUUCACUUCCCACAAUUGCUAGACCUUUUUUUAGUUGCUAAGGCAGGUUCACAGUUGCACACCUGCUACAACUUCAAAGUUGAGAAUGCUUGGCUUCUCAGGGAACCUGCAGCCAUCAUCACCCACCCUCUGUACCUCCCAUAUGCAGCACAGCAGCAGAAGUAUACUAAAGAACUCCUACACAUGGAAGCUGCUGAACUGACACACUGCAACAACCGACAACAUCAAACAACAUAUGGGAGUCUCUCAAUAUUGCAAAUACAGAAUUUGAGGAAGCCAGCUACAACAGAGGAAUGGUUGUUGGAGAUACAGGCAACAGUAUCCCAAGGACUUGACCAUCAUCCAACAGAGGGAGAGACAGCAAGGAGCUGGUUACAGAACUACAACAACCAUAGAUGA